UGCUUUCCCUGCAGGAAUGCUGCUGUGCCGGGCCCAGAGGAGAGCUGCUGCAGGGGGAAGUGGUAGGUUGGGGUGCUGGCUGUCCCUCAUGGCUGUCUGAACCCACCACAGUGCUCCCUGUCCCCAAACCGGUGGGGUUGGGCUGAACCUCUGGCUCCCACCUGCUCCACAGCACUGGUUUCCUGCGACUUUAAAGUUCCCUCGGCGCACAAAGCAAAAGAGGGAGGAGAAAAGGUUUCAUCAUCACUCCCAAGAGCAGACUUAUAAAAACUUUGUGCUCACACUGCCUGCCUCACUCGCUGGCUUGGAGGGUUUUCGGCGCCGGACUGUGUGGACUGCUGGGUGGUGGGACAAACCAAGAGGGACAGGAGCCCACGCACAGCCCCAGAUCUUUGGGGCUCCUUGAGGAAGCUUCCACCAUGGGAGUUCACCCUGAAAGUAGCAAAUCCCCAGUCGAUGUCCCCAGAAGCUCCAGCACCUGCUCUCGGAGGAUCUUCUGCAAUAUCAAGGUGUUUGUGCUGUGCCACGGGCUUCUCCAGCUCUCCCAGCUCCUCUACAGUGCCAACUUCAAGAGCAGCCUCACCACCAUUGAGAAGCGCUUUGGGCUCUCCAGCCUCUCUUCAGGUUUCAUCUCUAGCUUGCAUGAGAUUGGCAAUGUGGUCCUCAUCAUCUUCGUCAGCUACUUUGGCAGCCGAAUUCACCGCCCGCGGGUGAUUGGUGCAGGGGGGCUGCUGCUGGCCCUGGGAGCCUUCCUGGUCACCCUGCCCCACUUCUUAUCUGACCCCUAUGAAUACACCAGGCUGAGUGUCGGCAACAAGAGCCAUGCCCAGGCUGAACUCUGCUAUGCAGAGAACAAAUCUGUUUGCCCAAACACCACCCAGGACCCCCAGAGGGAGGCCAGCAGCAUAUGGGCCAUGAUGGUGAUCGCCCAGCUGCUGGCUGGAAUCGGGACAGUUCCCAUCCAGCCCUUUGGCAUCUCCUAUGUAGAUGACUUUGCAGAAGCAAACAACUCCCCCCUGUAUGUUGCCAUCCUCUUCGCCAUCGCUCUGUUUGGCCCUGCUUUUGGAUACCUGCUGGGAUCUGUGGUCCUGCGGCUCUUUGUGGAUAUCGGAAGAGUUGACAUCACUACAGUGACCCUGACUCCAAAGGACCAGCGGUGGAUUGGAGCCUGGUGGCUGGGACUGCUGAUCUCCUCAGGCUGCCUAGUGCUCACAUCCAUUCCUUAUUUCUUUUUCCCUCGGUAUAUGUUGAAAGGAGAGGAUCCCAACAGAGAGGCUGGAAUGCUCAGGAAGAUGGAGAAGGGGAUGGCUGAAGAAACCUCCUUGUUGGAAUUUAUAAAAAGAUUCCCAAAGAUCUUCCUCAAGCUGCUUCUCAACCCCCUCUUCAUCCUUCUGGUGCUGGCUCAGUGCAGCUUCUCCUCAGUCAUUGCAGGCUUGGCCACAUUCCUCAACAAGUUCCUGGAGAAGCAGUAUGGUGCCUCCUCCUCCUAUGCCAACUUCCUAAUAGGAGCUGUGAACUUGCCAGCAGCAGCACUUGGGAUGCUCUUAGGAGGAAUCAUCAUGAAACGCUUUGCCUUCUCUCUCCGGGCCAUCCCCCGGUUUGCUGUGGUCGUGCUCGUUUUCUCCAUCCUCAUCUGCCUGCCCAUUUUCUUCAUGGGCUGCUCCACAGGACGCGUCAAUGGGAUCUAUCCCCCCAGUACAUUGAGUUCCCAGCUGCAGGUUAAGAUGCCAGGUGGGUGCCACUGCUCCGAGCAUGUCUUCCACCCAGUGUGUGGAGAAAACAACGUGGAGUACAUCUCCCCCUGCUUCGCUGGCUGCACAAACAGCACCGCAAAUUCUUCCACCCCCAAGCAAGUGAUCUACAAGAACUGUUCUCUGAUCCCUGCUGGGAAUGGACUGUCCUCUGCCAAGACAGGCUCCUGUCCUGUCAGCUGCUCCCACAUGCUCCUACCCUCCAUAUUCCUCAUCUCCUUUGCUGCCCUGGUAGCCUGCCUGUCCCACAACCCCCUUUACAUGAUGGUUUUACGGGUAGUGAACCAGGAUGAGAAGUCAUUUGCCAUCGGAGUCCAGUUCUUACUAAUGAGGCUGUUGGCCUGGCUGCCAGCUCCAGCCAUGUUUGGUGCCCUCAUUGACUCCUCCUGCAUCUACUGGCAGAAGCAGUGCACCCAGCGCCGGUUCUGUGCCUACUACAACAAUGACUUCCUCCGCAACAGAUACCUGGGGCUGCAGGUGGGCUACAAGGUGGUGGGCACCAUCCUCCUCGCCCUCAUCAGCUGGAAGGUGAAGAGGAGCAAAGAGUACAAUGUGCAGGAGAAAGCAGAGGGGCUGGUGUAGCCUACCCAAGGACUGACUCUGCACUCCACCUUUAACCACUGCCAGUACUUUGUCUUUUUUGGGUUUGUUUUUUCCACCUUAGCAGCUCCAAGAUCCUCUCCUGCAGCCACCACCGUGCUCCUAGUAAGGGACCCUCCAUGCCAGCCCCAUCCUGGGACAAGCUCCUCCCCGGCUCUCCAGCCACACCUUCCCUUUUUUCUGGGGAGCAAGCAGCUUCCCACCAGCUGGAGCAAGAAGCAAGAUGGCUGGAGUGCAGCCAGAGAAGUGCCUGCCAUGGGCAAUGGUCCCUGCUCUGGAACGAGGUCUCCAGUUGGGUAAUGUCAUCCCCACUGGGACAGGAACAGGAGAGAAGGCUGCCAAUUCUGUGGGGCUGUCCUGUGCCCCCCUUGCCUGUACCCCUCACAGAGGUCAGCGUCGACAAUGCACAUAUUUUGUGACAAGUUAUGACUAGGGGGUUUAUUGCAGAACAUUUUUGAGGUUUGUUGCUUUUUUUUUUUUUUUUUUUUUUUUAAUUUUAAUAUAAAAUAAAGGUCACUUUUUCCA